GCAAGCAGCUAAUUUAAAAAUCGGGACUUAAAGCACAGCUUUUACAGCGUAGUAAAUUUUGAGCAAGACUAUAAGAGGCGUACGAAAAGCGAAGGUUAACUUUCAGCUACGUUACUACCUUCUAUAGUAACAUAUAUAUUUUAUUAUGUUUAGCGCUUGACACAGGCAAAAAAGUUGACAAUUCAGGCAACGAGCGGCAAAUUAAUCAAAGAAAAAGCAAAGCAAUCAAGAAUUAAGCAAAGCAAAAAAGAAUUAGUUGUAUGGUUUUCUUUGAUGCCCUUUGCACAUAGUAAUUACUUGUAAUUAAUUCCUAGUGAACCAAUUUUACAAGGAGUAAACGUUGUGAAUCUACCCCAAAGGUUAAAAUAAUCAAAUAUAAUUAAAUUAAACAAAAUCAAUUGAAAGUUGUAUAUUAACUUAACAAUAAUAAUGAAACGAGCUGCCGGUUUUGUGGUAUUUCGCCGCGUGUAUAAUGAAAUUCAAUAUCUACUGCUCAAAGCCUCUUAUGGUAGCUUUCAUUGGAGUUCGCCUAAAGGUCAUGUUGAUCCCGGUGAGGAUGAUUUUUUUACUGCAUUAAGAGAAACUCGAGAAGAAGCUGGAUAUUGUGAGGAAGAUCUUCAAAUAUACAAAGACAAUCCCAUAGUUCUUAAAUACGAAGUUAAUGGCAAACCAAAAGAGGUUAUUUACUGGUUGGCUGAAGUAAGGGACCCAUGUAAAGAACCAGUGCUAUCCGAGGAACAUUCUGAUUUGAAAUGGUUAACUAAAGACGAUGCCAAGAAAAUCGUUGGAUUUCGAGAUAAUCAAGAGAUGAUUGAAAAAUUUCAUGAAUUUCUAUUAGCCAAUAAGUAAAAAUUAUAGUCCUACGUGAUAAUUAAGUUUCGCUGCAGAAUAUGUGCGGACGUCUAUAAAAAUUUCUUUACUAAACCUCCGCAUUAUUGAUACAUAUUAAAGAUCGUCCAUAGAUAUGGUGUUCGAAACAUUUAA